UCUUCUUCUUCUUCUUCUUCUUCUUCUUCUUCUUCUUCUUCUUCUUCUUCUUCUUCUUCUUCUUCUUCUUCUUCUUCAUGCAGUUCCAGUGUGUCCAGUGCUUCCAGCAAAUCCAGUGGUUCCAGUGAAUCCAGCAAUUCCAGUGAAUCUACAGAGUCCAGUAACUCCAGCAGUUCCAGUGAAUCCAGCAGUUCCAGUGAAUCCAGUGAGUCCAGCCAAUCUACAAAGUCCAGCAGUUCCAGUGAAUCUGCAGAGUCCAGUAGCUCCAGCAGUUCCAGUGAAUCCAGUGAGUCCAACAGUUCCAGCCAAUCUUCAAAGUCCAGCAGUUCCAGUGAAUCCAGCAGUUCCAGUGAAUCCAGUGAGACUAGCAGUUCUAGUGAAUCUACAGAGCUCAGUAGCUCCAGUGAAUCCAGCAGUUCCAGUGAAUCUACAGAAUCUAGCAGUUCCAGUGAAUCCAGCAGUUCCAGUGAAUCUAGUGAGUCCAGUAGUAGCGCCAGCAGUUCCAGUGAAUCUACAGAAUCCAGCAGUUCCAGUGAAUCUAGCAGUUCCAGUGAAUCUAGUGAGUCCAGUGAAUCUACUGAGACCAGCAGCUCCAGUGAGUCAAGAGACACGAGUGAUUCUAGCAACUCCAAUGAUUCCAGCAGUUCUGCUGAUUCUGGCAAUUCUUCUAAGUCCAGAAGCUCCAGUGAUUCGGACAGUUCCGAAUAA